AUGAUGUCUCGGGGGAGAAGAUUGAACGAUACGGCACUUAUCCGGUUCCUCGUCGAACAUUCAAAUGCCGAAAGGAGCGAGGUUGGUGACGUCGCGCUCGAGGUACACUGGCCGCUCACGUCUACUGUGCGGUUUGGCAUGGAUAGCGAUUGGAAAAGUCAAUCCCCGACACGAAUCGAUGCGCGCGACAUCACUAUCCCACAACACUCUUACCGCGCAAUCCCAGUGGCAGUUCGCGACAAGCUUCCUGACGAUAGAGAUUACCUGUUUGAGGUUGAUCACGCAUCUGAAGACGUGGACGCUUUUAACAGCUCAGACGGCGCCAUCACCUUACGUCGACGCACGAGAGUGGGCAAGCUGCAUGAGACUGAAUUUCCGAUGGCUUGUUAUGUCCACUCGGAGGCCGGAACUAGCGCCGAUGGAAAAGUUCGUUCAGAAGCAACAACCGAGCGACGUUCACCAGCCAUCAAAGCCACGUCCUUCCCCGAGCACGAUUACGCUGUCCCUGAGCUUUCGUGCAUGGCUGCUGCGGUGAUGCUUGCUGCGUGUGGGAGGUGA